GUUCAACCAAUCGAAAUAUUCCAAAUCUGGAGGCGAGUCAAUCCUUGACCUUGGACACACACACAAAGAAAAUGGCGACUGGAUAGUUUGUUGAAUGAGAUUAAGUGGAACAUAGAGCCGUUCUCUUUUAGACGGACUUGGCAACAGUUUUAUCGAGACCGCCAAGUGACCUUAAAAGACAUGAAAAGAUGUUGUUGGCCAUCAAUUGAGGUGUUUGAGCAUGAGUUUGUCCCGCUUGCGCCAGCUCCUAUGCAGGGGUCAGCACAAUGCACAGAAGGACAAAGAGAAUGAUGUUGUUUUGAACAAUCCAGAGGAGAAAGUGGAAUGGUCCCGAUAUCUAGUGAAACUUGAAGUUGAGACCGUAAUGCGACAGCGCCGUUUAUCUUCAAAAGUUCUACUUAAAACUAGCGUUACCACUGUUCUUUUGAUAUGUUUGUUGUUCCUAAUUUUGUAUACCAUAGCCCUGGUGUUCUUUACACCAGUUGUUCCAAUGGACUACAAUGAUUGGAGAGGACGUCACAGAUUAAAACUCAUUUCUAAAAUCAAGGGAGGAAAUGGAAGUCACAGAAUUUUGGAUGAAAUUGCCAAAACUGUGAUAUGGAAUGUAUCCGAGUCUAUUAAUGUACAUUUACCAGAGCCCCAUUGUGAGAAAAGACUGGUUAUAUUGAUUCUCAUCAGUUCAGCAGUGCAGCAUUUUCAACAGAGAAAUGCUAUUAGAAACUCAUGGUGUAAAACAGAUCUGAACAACAAGUAUUCAUGGCAAUGUGUAUUUCUUUUAGGACAGCCAGAGAAUUCAUGGAACUCAUUUGAUAUGACACAAAAAUUGCAAAAAGAAAAGGAAAGAUAUAACGACAUUUUACAAGGCAGCUACACUGAUACAUACAGGAAUCUCACAUUGAAAGUCAUGCAUGGAUUCUCAUGGGCUACUCAUCGUUGUCCUGCAAAAUUUGUGUUGAAGACUGAUGACGAUUGUUUUGUGAACACUCAUUUAUUGUACGAUUUAAUCCUUCAUCAUCAAGAUGUGAAUAAUCUUUAUAUUGGAAGUGUUUCCAGAGAUGCUGAAAAGAAGAAAGUGAUACGUAAUAUUAACAACAGGUGGCAUGUGUUAGAAACAGAUUACAAACAUGAAUACUACCCAUCAUAUGCAAGUGGGGCUGGCUAUCUCAUGUCAUGGGACACCGUAGAAAAAAUUGUAUCAAUCAGUCCAUACAUUAAACCCAUUCCCAUAGAGGAUGCCUAUAUAGGAAUCCUGGCUCAAGCUAAAGACAUCUUUCCUUCCAAUUCUGCAAGAUUUGUUCUGAUGAGUGAUGGUUGGACUCUUUGUAACUAUGCUUACCUAGUGGUCAUACACCAAGUGGACUAUCACCAGCAAGAAAAACUGACAAGACAAUCUGUGCGGGCCACAGAGACUUGCAGAGGGGGGCGGUCCCAGGGGGAGAUGUACACCUGGAAUUAGAUAGCCUCAAAAAAGUUACAAUAAUAAUAAUACCUAUGUGUUCACCCUAUGGUUUGAGGCAAAAUUCAGCCCAACUAUUUUUUUUCUGCAAUUCCUUAGAUUUUUAAGCUUUAGAUGUUCAGUCUAAGAUUGUUAAAAAAAAACCCAUGAACUUUGAUUGGCAUAUCCCCAAGUCUUUUGAAUUACAUAUACCCAGGUAUUUGUGCAAAGUUUGGCCAUUUUGAAUAAUUACAAAACUGAAAGCUAAAGUAAAACAUCUUUCAAUUCAAAUUGAUUUGAAAUUUUGAAUUUUUUUCCCUUCAAAAGCAGUAGCAUUUUGUAAAUUUUUUAAAUGAAUGCAAUAUCACUAAUGUAGCUGUUAUCAGUUUAUAUACCGGUAGGUUUUUCAAACAUAUCUUUCAACUAUUAUGGGGACCCCAGAUCUUUUUCAAACUUUCGUUCAAAGUAAGUUUAUUUUCUCUUUAAAAGCAACUUCUAAGUUUAACGUGUAAAUGAAACACUGCUUUUGAUGAACGUCAUACCAUUCAAAUUUCAUGUUUGUUCAUCAUGCAUUUACAAACCAUGAAUCCUUCAUCAUACCAUGUCAGUGAGUCAUGUUUUAAAAAGUCAUUGUUUGGUAUAAUUGUUAGUGUGGUUUGGAAGAAGUAAAUGUCCAUUAAAUCUAGUCGUGUAGUAUGUACAAGUGGGUGAAGGUUACUGUAAACAGCUGUCUGUGCAUGCAUGUUAACUCUCGAUGUCAAGGUUGACCUAGUUCUGUUGGCAUAAUGAAAUUUUAUCUUGCAAUUUACAGAUUUUAAAAAAAAUUAAUAAUUUUUGAAAUAAUGAUAAAAUACUUAUAGAUAGUGGAACACACAGUUACGAUACUCUUGGUUUAAAGUUUUGAUGCAUGGUGUUGGGGAGAUUUGUUUUUGGUUUUAUAACUUCUGAAUGUAUAGGGCAUUUUUUCCAUUUUACAUCUCAUUGUCUCAUUGAAAUGACUUUCCUCUCAAUAUCAUUGUGUAAGUGCUAUAGUUUUGACUGACUGCAUGCUGAUUUGAUAGUUCUGUUGGGAUGACUGUGUUUUGUUUAGAGUCAUUGCAUAUUAUUGCAUACAAACAUAUAAACUGUAUGCCAUCUGAAUAAUUAAUUUCCCAUUUCAAUUGUCUCUGUUACACAGUAGUAGUGACAUUGAAUUUACCUGUCGGAUUCUCAGUUUAGGUGGCAAAGUUAAAUGUUUAGCAUUAGACCAGAAUAAGAAAUUGGACACAAAUGAGAUUAAUGCUUUUUCAAGAGGUUUACCAGGUCUAAGUGCACUUUUUGGCAGGUUGAAGAGAUUGUUUAUUAAGCAAUUUAAACUUGACCUAGUUAGUCUGAAGCCGGAUUUGGAAGGUUUCCAACAGACCGUGUCAUGAUAUUGUAUAAGCUCAUCAGUUCAAGCAUCCUGCAUAAUGAACCUUUAAUGUGUUUACAUUUCUGGUGCACAAUUACACACAUUUGAGAUUACUUUUCUGUAUCCAGAAUCUCGGUUUUCUAGUAUUAUUACUGUUUUUCGGUAACAAUAGAAAGGAAUAACUUUUCUUAGUACUCAACAGUUUUUGAUUUUCUUUCUCAAAACUUACAAAUCUUAUUACAUAGCUGUUAGUGUUGAAUACUCAAAUUCACUCAUACUCGAGGCUAUAAUCAUCAACUAUUUGUCCAAAAGGUUUACAAGUAUAAAGUUUCAAUAUUUGACAUGAAGGAAAUAAUCUCCACUAAAGGAAGCAAGGGUUUGUGGUAUGGAGAUGACAUGGAAAAUUAUUUGUUAUUUCAUAAGUCAUUGUACAGUAAUAAAUUUGUACAUAUAAAUACUAGUACAUCCAUAAUAUUUAUCAUACAGUUUUUUCCCAGCCUAACCCAAUCAUGUGUAACAUCUGAAACCAAUAGGAUAUUAAUGACAUAAUAUCAAUCCAUGUAAAGAUCUGGUUGUACAAUGUUUUUUGACUGCUUUUAUUUUGGUUUUGAAAUAUUAUCAGGAGCUUUUUUGAGUACAGCAUGUGUGCUAGAAACCUUAGCAGAUUGAAGAACUGUUGAGAUUUACUUGUUUACAUGCUUGUAGGUUAUGAAGUCAAUACAUAGAAUAUUACGUUUUUGUUUUACAACUCUAUUGGUUUUGGUUAUGUUUUGAUGAAAUGAAAUAAAAUGUGAUGAAAAUCAA